UCUGCCGCGCGUAGCGCUUGAAUCAAACUCGGUUAUACUUGUUUUAUCUUUGAAUUAACAAGUAGUGGUGAUAAAUAAGUAUUAAAAAACUAGUGAUUAAACAUUCUAUUCGUACCUGCAGAAAGGAAAAAGACGCAAUAUGUCUGUCAUUGGAAAGCCCGUUUUAUAUUCGUACUGGAGGAGCUCUUGUUCCUGGAGAGUUCGAAUAGCAUUAAAUCUGAAAGAAAUACCAUAUGAUAUUAAACCAGUAAGUCUGAUAAAAGCUGGAGGUGAACAACAUUGCAAUGAAUAUCGUGAAAUAAACCCAAUGGAGCAAGUUCCAGCCCUCCAUAUUGAUGGACACACUUUGGUUGAAUCUCUGAGCAUCAUGCACUAUUUAGAGGAGACCAGACCUCAGCGACCUCUUAUGCCCCAAGAUGUCCAUAAAAGAGCGAAGGUCCGAGAAAUAUGUGAGGUAAUCGCAUCAGGUAUCCAGCCACUACAGAAUCUUAUAGUUUUGAUUUAUGUAGGAGAAGAAAAGAAAAAAGAAUGGGCACAGCACUGGAUCAAUAGAGGAUUCCGAGCUGUAGAGAAGUUGCUUUCAGCAAGUGCAGGGAAAUAUUGUGUUGGAGAUGAAAUUUCCCUAGCAGAUUGCUGCCUUAUACCUCAGGUGUUUAAUGCUCGCAGGUUUCAUGUAGAUCUUCGCCCCUUCCCAAUAAUUCUUCGUAUUGAUCGUGAGCUUGAGAAUCACCCAGCUUUCAGGGCAGCACAUCCAUCCAACCAACCAGACUGUCCACCAGAAGCUACAAAAUAAGUAAUCGUUUAUGUAAUUGAGAAGUGUACUAACUUCCACAAAUAGUUAAGACACAGUCAUACCUGUAUAACCUACAGACAUUAUUUCAGUUUUAAGCUAAUCUGAUAUGAGAGAUUAAUGGAUUAGACUCAUCACAUUAUUUUAUUUUGAUGUGAGCCUAUGCUUUUUAGAACAGUACUAUUGUAAAAGCCUCUUUGUAUCAUUUGAGGCUAUCUUCCAAGAAAAUAUGUUAAACAAUACAGUAGAUGAACUUACAUGUCUCUUUAGCCUUAGUGCAGCUUGUAGUUUUGUCUAAUGAGUAAAAUACAGAAACAAUUUAUAAGACUGAUAAUUUGUGUUCAGAAAUUGCGAUAGAAUUUCCUGCAUAGUGAAUUUGUAAGACACAUUUCUGUAAGAAAUUUUUUAACAACAGUGUAAAGCGUACAAUACUGUUUUAAUACCAUAGUACACACAUUGCAUGUUAUAUACUAUCAAGCCACAUAAUAGAUGUUGAAAUAGUUCCAUAUGUAGCUACUCCCAUCUGAAAAAGUAAUUAGGUUUGUAUAUAAAAAUGUAACAAUAUGUACAUACAUCAUGUACGUCUAAUAUAAUUUUGUUAGUGAUUUUGACUUUUGUAAUUUUGUAGCCAGUGAUUUUUUUCCUGGAAUAUUUCUUUGUGCUUUACAUGGUUGUCCCUUUCUGUGUUAACAUUAAUGUUUAUUUAUACAAAUUUGUCCAAUGAGAUUGUAUGUUCAUUUGUUUUUAAAUUUGUUUGCCCACUUGGAAGCUAAUAUUUUUUGUUAUUUAUUCCCCAUUAUUAUUAGUAUUGUGGAAUGUUCUGGUGCACAAUGUCUCAGUGCUUCAUGUAACGUAAUGUGCGACUUAACACAAACCUUGAAUAUGCUAACAUAUGAAUUGAAACCAUUGUAAGAUUAAUGAGUAACUGUCCUUUAUCAUGGAAAAUAAGAUCUUUGCAUAAUAGAACAGUCAUUAAGUGCAGUUGUCAGUUUAUACGUCUGUGAGACAUUUUCAAUAUGAAGUUUACGAUAGAGAUGGAAAUUUUGGCUGAACUUGUUGAAAUUUACAGAAAGAUAGUUAUACUUUCCGUUGUGUAAAUGUUGUUUCAGUUAAACAAUGGAAAAUCCAGGCUGGAAUAAUGACAGUAUUAUGAAAAGGAUAGAUUGCUAGUCACCAUGUAGUGGAGAUGCCGAGACGAUGAUAGGCACAACAACAAGAUUGCUAAACAAGUAAGCAUUCCGCCAAAAGACCUCCUUAAACACAACUCAUUCACUCGACCAUUGUCUUUGGCUGCUAGGCCUGGCUGCAGGCCUUUUGACCAAAAUUUAACGUGUGCCUAUCUCAGCAUCUCCACUACAUGGUGAGUAACAAUCUAACCUUACAUAAUAUUUUUGUUUCAGUUAAUGUCUCUUGUAAGCCUGAGAUAUUGUUUCUACCAUGUUAACUGGUAAAGAAUGGUAAUGUCUUCAAAAUGGACAGACAGGUGCAAGCAUAAUCCUCCC